AUGCGAUUGUGCCGUCCGACGGUCCACGUGGACACCUACCCUCUCAAAUUCGAUCCCUGCGACCUCCUUUUCAGCGAGGACCUGUUCGACGAUCCAACCGCCGCCGCCAGUCUCCCCCGCCUCCUCAGCAGCCAAUCGAAUCCCUCCGUCGUGGAUCCCUCCGAUCUUAGCUACCGCAACAGAUUCCUCCUCCAGCACCCUACCGACUCGCUCGGCCUCCCAGGCCUUCUCGUCCUCCCCCAAUCAUUUGGGGCGAUAUAUCUUGGGGAGACAUUCUGCAGUUACAUAAGUAUCAACAACAACUCAAGUUUUGAAGUUCGUGAUGUUGUGAUUAAGAGGAUACUGCUUCUGGAUACAUCGAAAUCACACGUUGAAUCAGUACGUGUCGGGGGGCGAUACGAUUUUAUUGUGGAGCAUGAUGUGAAAGAACUUGGUGCACACACCUUGGUGUGCACUGCACUUUACACUGAUGGUGAAAAUGAGAGGAAGUAUCUCCCACAGUUUUUCAAGUUUGUAGUUUCUAACCCCAUCUCAAUACGGAAAAAGUUAAAUUUGAAUCUUGUGAACACAACGGACCGAGUAUUGGGACCCUUUGAGGUAUGGUUGUCUGAAAGUGUUUCGUUUGACGAAAGGGGUGUGAUGGUCAACGGACUUCAAACAAAGACUCUUGGAGAGGUGCAAGCAUACAACUCGUUGAAUUUUAAGCUGAACUUUAUUGCUGUUAAGCUUGGGAUUCUGAAAAUCAGCGGCAUUACAAUUUUUGACACAAUCGAGAAAAAAACUUACGACUCACUUCUAGAAUUGGAGAUAUAUGUUGACUCGGAGUGA